AUGGUGUCUGGAUCUUCCUUUAUUCCGGUUGAAAUAUUAGAGAACUUCUUUUCCAGGGCAAAAGUAAGGUCACUACUCAAUGGUCGUGUCAUAUGUAAAUUGUGGAAAAAAUCCCUCUCGAACAAGAAGUUCUUGGAGAGUUAUCAAUCAAAAUCUGAAAUUGAAGGUGUCACUACACUUCGUAAUGUUCUUGGUAAAGACGGUGAAUUUGAAGGUUUACUCAGAUGGUCUCUCUAUGAUAAUAUUCAAGAGGAGAUGAAGAUUCUAGACUUUGGUAAAACCGAACAACUAAAAGGUCUAAUAACUUUCCCUGUUACUUCUGUCAAUGGCAUCCUUUAUCUUUCUAGUUUGAACAAGAUCUUGUUAAACCCUUUGAUUAAUCAAAUGUUGACUGUACCCCCUCUUGUCCAUUCUGACCGCGCUCGAUGCUCCUAUCUCUCUUUGCAUGGUUUUGCUGUAAGUACUGUUACUGGCGUCUACAAACUGGUCGAAAUACAUACGCCAGGUGAUCCCUUCCAUGCUUCAUUUGUGUUUGUUUACACGUUGGGAACAGGCACAGGUGAAUGGAGAGAACUGCAUUCAAUUUCGCACACUGUCUCAUAUGGUAAUGGCAUAACCAUAGGUAGCAAUAUCUACUGGGAUCGUUACAGUGGUGAACUCAUACUCAAGUUUAAUGAUGAUUCAGAAUAG